AUGAGGAACACAUUUUUAAUCAUGAGGAGUGGUGAUGGAACUGAGCUGACAGCGAAGCCAAAGAGAAGCUUCUAUGCAGCAAGAGAUUUAUACAAGUACCGACAUCAGUAUCCACAGAACUUUAAAGAUCUUCGAUAUCAAAAUGACUUGUGCAAUCUCCGCUUUUACAAAAAUAAAAUUCCGUUUAAACCUGAUGGGGUUUAUAUUGAAGAAGUCCUAAAUAAAUGGAAAGGAGACUAUGAAAAACUGGAACAUAAUCACACUUACAUACAGUGGCUUUUCCCACUGAGGGAACAAGGUCUGAACUUCUAUGCUAAAGAAUUAACUACAUAUGAAAUUGAGGAAUUCAAGAAAACAAAAGAAGCAAUUAGAAGGUUCCUUUUGGCUUACAAAAUGAUGUUGGAGUUUUUUGGAAUAAAACUAAUUGAUAAAACUGGAAAUGUAGCACGAGCUGCUAACUGGCAAGAAAGAUUUCAACAUUUGAAUGAGUCUCAACACAACUACUUGAGAAUCACUCGAAUUCUGAAAAGUCUUGGUGAGCUUGGAUAUGAGAGUUUCAAAUCUCCCCUGGUAAAAUUUAUUCUCCAUGAAGCUCUUGUGGAAGAUACCAUUCCCAACAUUAAGCAAAGUGCUCUAGAGUAUUUUGUGUAUACUAUUAGAGACCGAAGAGAAAGGAGGAAACUCCUGAGAUUUGCCCAGCAACAUUAUACUCCCUCAGACCAUUUUAUCUGGGGACCCCCAAGAAAACAAAAGUCAGAGGGAAGCAAAACAAAUAAAAAGCCAGCAUCUCCAGUUUCUGUUCACAACAGUUAUAUUUCUAAGCAUAAGAAACCAAAAGAGCCUAAGAACACAUCAGCAAGUGGAAGCUCAGCUGGUAAAACAACUGAAGAAAGAAAGGUGGAACUCAUAAAAAGUGGGGAAGAAAAUGACCAGGAUGAACAAGAAAUGAACUGUGAUGCUCUUAGACAGAACAACAGUGAAAAAAACAGUGAUACUGAUACCAGUCAGCUUUCAAAAUCAGAAGAAGUUAAUGAUACUUCAGAUAGAAAGGAGGACUCUUCUCAUUCCAAAAAUGAUGAUGAAAACCUGAACAAUGACUGUGGAAAUCAUCCAGACGCUAUAGAGAAAGAUUUAUGUGACACUGAGAAUUCUUCAAAUAACACGUCAGCAGAUCUACAAGGUAGCCUUGACAAGGAUACUCUUUCAGGGGGGACCACCACAAAAAACAAGGAUGAGCUCAAAUCAUGAGUCUGAGGUUAAAAAUCAUUGUUUCAUAUUGAAUGAAGCAAAUUAUUAAUUGCUCCUUCAUUUUGGGUGAAAUUUCCAUCUAGUGUUGUAUAAAAUGUUCAUGAGACUAUCCUUGUUGUGAAUGCAUCAGAUUAGGCUUCUGUUAGGUUAAUGAAUUUUAUUUUUUUUCAACCUCAGUUUAUCAGCAGUCAACCAGGUGUUGCUCUUUAAAUCAAUCAUGUAUAUUAAAGCUAAGAAAUCCAUUAUCUUUUCCAGACAGAUAGCAUAGAAAAGCUUAUCUAUUUUUUUUUUGUUGUUAAAUUAAUCCAGUAUUUAAAAAAAAAAACCACAAACCUGUAAUUUACUAGAAAGCCUUGGAACAUCAGAAUUUUUAAGUUUCUUUUAAUAUGCUUUGUGUUGAUUUCCUUUUAUGAAAUUACUAGAAAUUCUUUCAAGAGCACAGUUUUUUCCCUAGUGAACACUUUUUUUUAGGAACUAUAUUCAUGUUUAACAGCAGUAUUUGCACAGCAUCUUCUACCUUAGAUUAGCAUCCUUGUCAGAGACGCUUAUUAAUGGAUAUCAAAAUGUCCUAUGCGGCUGGGUAUCAUUGUACGUUGAAUAAAAGUUAAACUUACAAAGAAACUAUAUCCACAGCUUUUGGGUACAAGGGAAGUUGCACUUUAGACUUCUUUUAAUCCCUGUUAAGUUCUCUCUUCUCAACUCAUUUUUUUACUGCUACUGAUUUGGAGGGAGGGAUCUCUUUGGUCACUCAGAUUUGGUCUCAGUGUGAAAGUUCCCUGUUGAUCAGCUGUAAUAACUCGCCCAGCUGGGUUCAGCACUUGGAGAGCCUCUGGACAGCUGAAAGUCAGUGUCUUCACCACAAAGCACUUCAUAAUCAUCAGAGCCAUCAGAGAAAAUGUCACCAGGCCUGUCUAGCUGGAUCUUACCUGAACUUGAAUGUUUCUUAGCCAGUUUUGGGUAAAGUCUGCACAAUACUGAACCCCCUCUUGCUGAUCUGGGAGAGAAAGGCAGUCCUGAUGCUUCCCUCCAGCUGUUUCCUCUCUUUGCUCUUUAUCAGAGGUCUUUCACAGUUUAGUAUUAUUUUGAUCAUCAGCUGAAACCUGAGGCACUUGUCUGCUGUCCUGGCUGGAGCCCAGCUGGUAGGAAUUCCCCACUCAGGAUCUUUCCCAGCUUUCUUCACUGAAGGACUGUGCUUUCCCUGAGUAGCCUCUUCUGCCAUUUCUACCAUUCUUCAUGCCAUUCUGCCAAAUAAGAUCGUACCCAGCAAGUUAGUUGUCUAAAAUAUGAAUUAAAAAAUAGUGCAGGUAGAACUCACAAUUUCUACAGUCCUAAAACAGUCUAAAGCAUCUGUAUGUAUUUUCUAUUUUAAAAUUUAUAUAUUAUCUACUGUCUUUAGUGUAUUUUUGAUGAAAUGUUACGAGGCAAGUUGCUGACUACAGUUUGAGUGUCAGAGUGCUACAGGACUUUAUUCAAGACUUAUAACUCAAAAUGACAAAGUCUUCAGGGGUUUCAGAACAUAGACAAAAUAUCUUUUAUUCUUCUGUUUCACUAAUUCCUGUUACAGCAGUGCAUCAUCCAUUGCUUUCCCCAGGUAGCACUGUUUGUUGGGAUCAAACAAAGUGACAGUUAGAGAUCUUGGUACCCAUGGAUAAAGACUAGGCUCUUUCUGUCCUAAAGAGGCAGGGAAUGAAGGGAGAUGUAUUCCUUCUUCUGUGCUGACUUGUAAGGAAAAGAAUGUAUGUACAUGGAUUUUUUUUUUAAGGGUAACCCAGAUUGCUCAAGGAGCCAUUAAGUCUGAGCAGAAAUGCCCCAGAGAAUUCCUCCUGCAGCCACCAGCUCUUUAAAGCUGGAAAGGUGCUGAGAAUCCUUCCACCAUACCCUGGACUUGAAUUAGAAUCCCCUUGUUCAUGUUUGCCUCUGAACUUCAGAGCAGAAGGGGAUGGGAACGGCUGAGAUAAAAUUGGUCCAUAUAGUUAAGGACUCUGACCACAUGUGUAUGCACAGGGAGGACAACUUUAUGUUCUGCUUAUGACUUUUUCAGUCUUGAGUGCCUAACCAUGCCAACCUAACAGAGUUUUUACGCAGCUAUUUCUUGAAUGACAUAGGGGAAAUUUAUACCCUGUGUAUGAGUAAUAUAACUGUAAGGUAGAUAGUUACACAGAGCCUUCAAUUUAUGGACUUUAAUAUUAAGGUUAAACACUGUAAAAAAAAAAUGCAUAGUGUUCAAGUGAAAUAAGGGAUGCCAAUGGUGUUAUUAUAUUUGUACUGUAAUUUGAUUGAACAUUGAUGACCUCAGGAGAUCUUUUGUCUUUUGUGUACUGAACAAAAAAAAAAAAAAAAAAAAAAAAAGAAAUCUUGCUCUAAUUUUAAACCAGGAAGCUCUUGGAAUGUGCAUCCAAAAGAUUUCUCUGCAGUAUGGUAUUCUGUUAUUGUGACACAGAUUUCACCUUGCUGGUUCUCCACUCAUGAUUAAGUAUUUAACGUCCUUUUAAUCUGGCAGAGCUGUUUGCAUUAAGGGCCCAGUGCAUCUGCAAAUACAGUCAGGACUCCUAUCCUUAUUAACUCCGCAAUUGUUAUUUUUAAAAAAAUAUACAAGUCAGUAUUUUUCUAUCAGUUUUCAUAGAAAUUAGAAGAGUCAUGGCAUGACAGUUGCCUACAAAGAAGUAUGGGGAUUAGGUAAGUGAGGUUUUUUUUGUGUCAAGUGGGCUCCUGCACUCUGCAGUCUUGUCUUACAGCUUUAUCAACAGAAUUACUCCCAUGGGACACUUCAGCUUUAACUAACAAAUUCUGCUGUGUGUAAAAUGUAAUGGUUUAUCAUUCUUUUCAUGGAGGAGUUGUUUCUUCUGAUUUUGUAAGUGCUUCAAAGAAGGAUUUGUUGCAAGGCAAUCAUACGGUGUAGCAUCCCAUUGAGAUUUGUGAGGAUCAAGUGGGUGUACUGUAUGCAUUUCAUUACAGAAUCAUGGCCUUAGCAAACAGAAGCACCCUGUGCUUGAAGUUUCUAAGUAUUUUCUUUCAGGUUUAUGGUACAAUAUAUGCUGAAAUGAUUGUAUUCUCAUAAAUGCCAGUACUUUGGUUUUUAACCAUUACUUCAGAAACUGAGGAUGUGCAAAGAAAGUCAGGACAUUUGCUCACAGUUAAACUCAUUUUUGUCUUGCUAUAUGAUUAAGUAUUCAGGGAUUUCCGUGUACUUACGAUGAUAAUGUAUUUUGGCCCAGUGUUUUACUAGAAUCAGACCUAUUCAUUUAUUGAUUAAACAGAGCACAGGUAUUCUUUCUUAAUAAGUACAUCUGAGUAGCCUCUGGUACUGUUAAAUGGGAGUAGUGUAUAUAUGCACACACCUGUGAUUUUGAUUUUAAGUAUCCUAUGGUGAAGGGAUAUGAAUGAACAACUUGACAGAAUGCCACUGAGUGCACACGUGCAAGUAAAAGUACAAAUCAUGGAAAAAUGCAGCACUUUAGUUACAGCUCUGUGCCCUACUAUCCAGGAUGUAACUGUGCCUUGGUACCUGAUGCUGUGUUGGCAUAGAGACUGAAAGCUUGGGUACAUGAGGUGCACGCCGCAGACCAUUCAGAUAAGGAGAGGAGUUACGUGCGUGCACAUAUCUAGGAGCAGAACUGAACUCUUGGUGCCUAUAUUGCUCAUGUUUAAAGGCCUGAUCCUGAAGGAUACUAAAAAUGUUGUCAGUAAGCCUUUGAGAGCUGAUCUCUGGUUUGGUUGGCUCCUCAAUUUCCUGCUCUAAGAUUGCAGCAGUCUGAGGUAUUACAUAUUUGUAUAAUCAUAGUUAAUAUUUUAUGUAAACUGGUGUAAGCCUCCUUGAAUUAUUCCAGGAUAAUUCUAAUAAUGUGCAGUUGCAUGUAUCCAUGCUAUAAACAGAAAGUUUACAAACCUCAGAAGCUUUGUAUAAUUUUGAUGGAUGAUCCAAUAAGGUAAGUCAAAGAAGAUUUACUACAUUUAAAUGGAAAACAACUCAUGUUUUUUUUUAAAUAAAAUUUAUGUAUAUCUGUUUAAUUGAAUUAUUUUUUUGCACCUUUUUGUGACAGUUGUGAUGGUACUGAUCACAAAUUAUAAUAAGAUAUAUAUGUUUAAGUGAAAAUGUAACUGGUUUUAUGCCAUACUUUUACAGGAAACAUUAUAUUGAAUUUCCAUUAUAAAAGCUGUAUUUAUGAAUAAGAUGCAAGUAUGUGAAGUAACUUUUGCCAUUAAUAACAGAUUGACAAUGUCAUGCUAAUGAUGUACAUUGUCCUAAGAGCUACCAGUGCGGAUCAGAACCAAUGAUGUUUCUAGUCUUGUAUCCUGACUCCAGCAGUGGCCACCAACAGACGGAGUAAAACAAAGAACAGAUAAGGUGACCCCGUUUUUCUCCAGGAAUUUUUCGAUUUUGGAACUCAUGGUUUCUUUCAGCUUCCACAGUCCCUUGUGGCUGUGAGUUCCAUGUUUUAAUUAUAUUUUGUGUGGAAAAAGUAAUCUAUUGUUUGUCUCAGAUCUGUUUAUUCAAGAAUUGCUAGUGCAUUUGAACACAGUUACUAAAAGUACUGUAAAAUGAACAGUAAGCCAAGUCAGUUUUUGAAAGCUGUGGGAGAUUCUAAUAAUAAAAUACCUGCUUAGGCAGAAAAUGUACUAUGUUUCUGUCCUUAGGCAGAAGAUGCCUGCUUAGGCAGAAAACUUGUCCUAUGUUGAUGACAAUAUUAUUUUAGUUGUCCUUCUGAAUAAAUUUUUACACAUAAAUCCUUUUGUAUGAAGUAUUAAAAGUCAGAUUCCAACUGCAGAAUAGAUUUAUUUUUUUCCCCUGUCAGUGUAAAAGCAAGAUCAGUCGAAGGCAAAACCUGUUCGUACCCCACAUCUGAGUGAGGUACCUCUGGAUUUGAAGACACCAGCAUCAGUGGGUGUAACAUGAUCGUGUAGAAGAUGGAAAUGCUAUCUGGGAAUUGCUGAGAACCAUGAUUUCAUUGCACAUUUUGGUAACUUAUUUUCAUACGUGUCCCCAGUUCCAAUUGCAAUUGGAGUAACUGGUCAAAAGGUGGUUUUGAUGGCUAUCGGACCCUGAAAACGAAGGACAUUAAAAAAGCCUAAGCAUGUACAAAACUGCCCUCCAUUCACAUUGUGGUCAACACCAUAGAUUCACCACUAACAGGUAUUUAGAUGCAGUUCUCCAAGGGGAAUGUAAGUUGUGUCUCUGUAAUAUCUCUGUGCUCUGUAUUGCCUGUGAACUAUUUCUUUUCCUGAAAGCUGUGUUCCUUUUACAGCCCGUGUUCUUAAGUAUACUUACUUAAGUGAAAGCAAGGGUUUGUUUUAAAUAAUAUAUUUAAUACAUGCCUAAAAUACAGUUCAAAAGCUAUAGAGAUCAAUUAAAUAGAAACCUCCUGUGGCUUUACAGUUAUAAUCACCUUUAUUUUCAGAAGUAUUUAUAGCUGUUUGCUAUAAAAUAGCAAAUGUGAGAAUUGGCAAAUUGUUCUGAAAGAAGUCUCUUCUUCGAACUAAGCACUUUUUAAUUCUACCACGCUUACAGGUCUGGUGGCAUAUUCAUCAACUAAAGUUUAUUGUGAAAUAUAUUGAAUGUAUUUACUACUGUGGCUAACUAUGUGAAAAUUAUUGUUUUACAGUAAAAAAGGUUAUGGCACUUAUUUUUGGGAUCUACUGAAGCAUGUUUGCUAAUCAUUAAUUGCUCUUUUUUCUGUGUUUUAACCUCUUCCAUGGUUGUUUGUCCUUUGAGUUCAGCAACAGAUGAUUAGGUAUAGUUUUACACUGAUAAAAUUUGGAAAUAUUGUAGAUUUCAUUGUUAAAAUGUAUUCUCAGUAAAAAGUGCAGUAAAAAGAAAAAAAAACAAAACCCAACAGUUUUUACUUGCAAAAUGAAACAGCUACAUGUCAGUUUUUAUGAAUGGUCCUGCUCUCUUUUCUGUAUUCCUUUGCAGUGUUUAAUUACAGAAUGCCGUGCAUGUUUGGUAGUACCAAUACCAUAUGUAUGUGGUAGGAGUGGUAACCAGUUUCUGGAUUUGUAAUGCACUAUAAAGAUAUCUUUUAUAAUUCUGUAACUGUAUGGCAGUGUUAUGCCAAAAAAAUUGUAUAAACAUAAAAAGCAAUAGUUAUGUUGCUUACUGCUAUAUUUUAAAUUGUUUGUAAAAUGAAAUACUUGGAUUUCCUUUCAGGUAAAUAUAUUUUUAAUAACAGCAGCCAAAAACUCUAAACUAAUAAAGCUUCUUCAUUUAGCAGCA